AUGGUCCUGCUAAGCAACACUGCCUUCAUUGAAGAGCUGAACAAACUAUGCGGAGAAAUAGACGAGAAGAGAAAAACGUCGAUUUGGAUUACCAUGAAAAAAGUCAAACGAAGCACCGUGAAGAACGUCAUCCCCCAGAAGAAAAACUCCGACAAGAAAAACAAAAGGACAAACAAAGGUGAUAACAAGAGCAACAAGAAAUACGUCUGCUUGGUCAGGGCCACCGAUGGAAAAAAAAAAAAGAUCUCAACACACGUAUACGAUAAUGUGAUUAACUUUUCCCAAGAGUUGAGCAGCAUCAUGCGCAGUUAG